UCGUAUCUCUCACCAACCCCAGGCACCUUCUUGUGGAGCGUGACCGGAGGAGGUGGGAGCUCCGGACCGAAGCCUUCUCCUUGCUUCUUGGGGUCGUGGCCUUGCACUCACUGUGCGAGGGAAGCGUGCGGGCACGUCCACGCGCGUCUAUGCGCGUGGGGCCUGAAGUGAUCGUGGGUCCACGCUAGGUCUCUGCGGGGACAGAAGAAGCCAUGGGCGGGACCGCCAGCACACGCCGGGUCACCUUCGAGGCGGACGAGAAUGAGAACAUCACCGUGGUGAAGGGCAUCCGGCUUUCAGAAAAUGUGAUUGAUCGUAUGAAGGAAACCUCUCCAUCUGGCUCGAAGUCUCAGCGGUAUUCUGGUGCUUAUGGUGCCUCAGUUUCUGAUGAAGAAUUGAAAAGAAGAGUAGCUGAGGAGCUGGCCCUGGAGCAAGCCAAGAAAGAAUCUGAAAAUCAGAAACGACUAAAGCAGAGUAAAGAACUGGACCGAGAGAGGGCUUUCGCCAAUGAGCAGUUAACCAGAGCUAUUCUUCGGGAGAGGAUAUCAAGCGAGGAGGAACGCGCUAAGGCAAAGCACCUGGCUAAGCAGCUGGAACAGAAAGAUCGAAUGAUAAAGAAGCAGGAUACAUUCUACAAAGAGCAGCUGGCUAGACUGGAGGAGAGGAGCUCAGAGUUCUACAAAGUCACCACUGAACAAUAUCAGAAAGCUGCUGAAGAGGUGGAAGCAAAGUUCAAGCGGUAUGAAGUUCAUCCAAUCUGUGCUGAUCUGCAGGCCAAAAUCCUCCAGUGUUACCGCCAGAACGCCCAGCAGACCCUCAGCUGCUCUGCCCUGGCCAGCCAGUACCUGCGCUGUGUCAACCAGGCUAAACAGAGCAUGCUUGAGAAGGGAGGAUAAAAUCAGCUUUUAGAACACGCAGAACUCCUUCAACGUUGAUUCCAGAGGUGGAACAUUUUUUUUCCUAGUUAGAAAGUAACCAGUUUAAAGAGAAGAAGAGCACUGACGAGAAGCGCCAGGGAGCAGAUCCAACAGAAGCUUAUCCCGCGUCCGACAACAGCGAUGUGCGAAGCCAAGGCUGAGAUCAGGGAUCAGCCACGAAGGGCGUGCUGCAGUGUUAAUAAACCCCACGUACGAUGACAGAAACAAAGGCAGCCCUCUCCACCUCGCGUUCUUUCUAUUCAGCGUCCUCUUCUCACCAAGCUCCAUCGUUUGGUGAACCUCCCUUCCUGCAAAGCCUGGGGGUCGGGGCCGGGGGAUAAGGUUACCAAGUGGGGAGAGGAGAGGGCGAAACACCUUAGUCUCGGGCCAGCAGUGCUGAGUGGGACUGUCCAGGCUGUGGCAUGUUGGGUUUCUCUCUCGUUUUCUUUUCUCCCUUGACUAGAUAAGAGCUAUUUCAUUUUAACUUAUUAUGGUGAUCAUGUAAGUAAGAAGACAAAAAAAGGAAAGAAAAUGUACCUCUUUUACUGGAAUAAUGUUUAUGAUUGCAAGUGAAAUAAGGCAUUUUUUUUAUCAACAGAAAGGCAACCUUGGCUUAUAUAACCGCUUCUCUAUCACGAAUACUGACAUCUUUACUUCAGUGACUAUCAAUAAUAAAUAUAUUUUCUGACAAAGACUGGCAUUGUA